CAUCUCCGGUUCUCAAUUUCUCCCCUCGCUCGCGGGGCCAGGCCCAGCCGUUCGUCCGCCGUAAAAAUAGGGGAAUAAACAAUCGGGGGACGCGUCCCCUUCGAGCGAGCGCGAAUUCGCGGCCGACCCGAUACGCGAGUCGCAAAGAUGGUCGCCCUCAUCUGUCAAGCGACGACGACGACGACGACGAUCUCGUAUGCGCCGUCCGUUUUUUCCGAUAUGCGCCGUUAGAGAGAGAGAGAGAGAGAGAGAGAGAGAAAGAGAAAUAGAGAAACCGGGGGUCGUUUCCAAAUUUCAAGUAAAUCAUAAGAAAUUCAGGCCUCGAUCGGGGCAGAUCGGAUUCCCAUAUGCGCGAGAUUCGUGUCACUCCGAGACGCGGACGUCUCGUUUGUUGACUCUUUAUUCUCUUUCUCCCUCUCGGCUCCGCGUCUGGCUUCUCAAGGUUGCGCGUUUCGUUCCGUUUCGGACACCGCCUCGAAAGAGGAAACUCUCCGGCCCCGGACGGCGCGCGCAAAAUCAACGAAGGUGAACGUUCAGUAUAUUGUUCAACAUUCUGGCUAUGAAAAUGAAGAUUCCGAAUAGUGGAUCUGGAAACGGUUAUUACGGGCACGAAACAGGUAUUACUUCUUACAUGGAUAACAACAGCGAUACGGAGCCUGAGGUGCAAGGAAUAAGCGAUGAUGAUUUCUCGGAAUAUAUGUGGAUGGAGAAUGAGGAGGAAUUUGACAAACAGGUAUUGCAACAAUUAGAAGAGGAAGAAUUGAUGGAGGAGUGUCUAGAAGCAAUGUUGGAAGAAGAGAGGCAACAUCAGAGGAAUAUGAAUUCCACAGCUUGGUCUACUGCUACUGGCACUUCCGACAAUAACGCUGCUGAGCUUUGUCAACAGCUUAGCAAUCUGAGAAUGCCCGAUGAUCUCGCUAAACAGAGUACGCUAAAUCCAGAUGCAGCUGAAUUUAUUCCAGCACGUAAAUCAACUGUGGUACCUGUAAGUACAUCGUCAGAAACCGCAGUCACCACAGAACCGUCGUAGAAAUUUUGUGUAUCUUUUUUCUCGUCCCUCCCUGUUUAAGUCACGUAAAAUCGGGCUACACGUAAUAUUUAGAAUUUACUAUUUCUAAUCCGAGACAGUCAUAUUAAGUGAAUCGUUAGAAGUUCAAUGACUGUGACUGUACGUACAAAGAAAGAUAAAGAGAGAUAAAGAGCGCGAACUGUACAGCAUGGUGUGUAAUGUGCGUCAUCCAAACGUAAUGCUAGUUACGUAACCCCCGGGUGAAAUGAAUACUUAAAUGCAUUACCAAAAUUUUUAUAGACGAAAAAUAUCAAACGUGAUAUUGCAUGGAAUAAUUAUGUAUAUGUUUUUUGCCGAAAAAUAUUAACGAACGAUCAUGUAUACAAAUCACUUGUUAAAAAAAUUUGCAAUUUAUAUCUCUUGUUCAAUGCCGUCUACAUUGAGAACAAGUUUUUGCGGAGGCAGAUAUUUUUAGCCUUUUUUAAUUUAUAUAAAUUACAAUUAUUGCAUCUAUACGGAAAUAACUUAUUAUUUACACACACACACAUUGAAAAAACAGAAGGUAUAGAACGCACGAAUUAUUUAGAAAGAAGAAAGUCUCAUAAGUUUCUAAAGUAAUGUACAUACAAGCAGGAACAUACACACAUAUUGUUUUGUAAAUUAUGUUCAUAACUUAUGUAUAUGUAUGUCUCAAUCAGAUCCCAUCAUCCUCUGGAGAGUAAACCUUUUUAUCUUUUUCAAGCUGUAAAACAUAAGUGUAAAGCUUUUUACAGUCUAAGAAAAAGUGUUUUACAGCUUGGUAUCCAUCUGCCCAAUGAAAACUUUCCUUAAGAGUUCCUUUUGUAAUACUUAUAGCAGAGAGAAUGAAAUAUUUAUAGCAGGAAUCAUUAGUCAGGAUAUAUUAUACCAUCAUGUAUUAAAUAUAUCAUGUGUUAACAAUUAUUUCACUUCCAAUAGAUGAAUCGACACAAUUGCAAACGUAUAAUCGGAAAAUCGGAAUUAUAAUUUGUACAAUAUAUCAUAUAUGUUUUGCUUAGAAAUCUGCAUUAGGAAAAUUAUAUCCAAAUACUAUCACAUUGAGUCCUGCUUCAGCAUUCAUUUAACAAACUUAAAGAUCUCAAGUGAAAGUCUUACUUAGGCUGUGAGGGACUCUUUAUGACUCUUUUUAGUGACACUGAGAAUCAGGAUAUUGUUUACUUAUUUUUUAAAUCAUUUUCCAUGAGAUACUUCGAAAUUUUAGGAGAUUGUAGGUUGUAGAGUGUAAUCUUGAUGAAAAUAGAGUAAAUGGUGAAUGUACUUCAAAUCGGCUUGAAUAGCAAGAAGAUUGAUUUGACUUUUUUGCUAUAGUAUAAUAUAUAUUUAUACAUAUAUACUCAUUAUUUACAAAAGUGGAUAUCACAUCACAUAUUUGUACAAUAUUUGAUACUUCCUCCCUAUCUCUUGUGAUUUCUUACGAACAACACGUUUUACUUGAAAUAACUUCUAAAUCACAUCAUCCCAUUUUCUUUAAAAUUUGAAUAUAUUUAAUUAUAUCAUUUGUAAAUUUAAAAUCAAACUUUUUGCAAUUCUAAGAUUAUAAUAGCAAUUAAAACGCAUUCGUGCUUACUUACUUGGUGAUAUCUGCCAUUCUUUUUAUUGAUUAUAAAUAAGUGUCCGAAUUUUUAAUAAGAUCUAUAUAUUGAGAUAUCUAUAUAUUAUGUGUUGCGUUCUAUAUACUUUAUACGUGGUAAAUAUAUGCACAUUGUUUUAGUCAAUCUGGUUUAGUAUAAACGUAGAAACUGUGAUUAUAAAAAAAGAAAAAAAGCAGCGCGUUACUAAGUUUACCGAAUAUUAUUCAUAUAUAUGAGACACAUUACAUUAGGCUUUUACAAUCCACUUUGGAAUCCCUUCCCUUUCCUAUCGUUUAUUUUAUAUAAGAGAUACGAUAUUACUAAGCUUAUAAUAUAUACGCCC